AUGACUGGCCGUGGGAGCUCUCCAGUCAACGGAGGGUCUUCGGAUUGCGAGGAAUCAACACCGCUGCUUCCAUCCGUUCCAAGCAACCAGAAUGGAGACGACUCUCCUUCCAGCAGUGCCUCAUAUUUUAUGUCAAGCCUCACAACUCGCCAAAAAUGGAAGAGUGCAUGGAGAAUUUGGAGAAUCCCUGUUGUGUGCUAUACUUUCGCACUACUCAUCGAAUUCGGAGAUUUCAUUCGCUCAACGCCCAGAACCCGUCUGCUGGAAUCAAUUAUUUGUAAUCGGUAUUACGCAGAACAAGCACUCAAUAAUGGCAGUGGAGUGGAGUCUCUCAGUGGUUCUCAUAACUAUAGGCUGCCAAUUCCAGAGGAGCAAUGCAAAGUACCUAUAGUGCAAGCAGAGCUGGUGACCCUAAAGGCUUAUCUGAAGAUUGGAGAGAAUUUACUUUGUGAGUAGCAUCUAGUUGUCAACCCACAACACUACCUAGUCAGCUCAAGAAAGUUCGUUUUCUAAUGGCUUAGCUCUUAAAUUCGCCAUUCCCUUUGGAUAUCUUGCCAAUAAAACGUCCCGCAACUUCGUCCUGACGCUGGAUGUAUGUGCUCAAAUCAUUUCUGAGCUGUGGACACUCUUUGUUUGCUACUUCACCCCCACCGUACCCUUUAGCCUGAUUUAUCUUACGAUGUUUCUUAAAUCCACAGGUGGAGGCCAAUCAGUACUUACAGCUAUGGUGUAUGCAAUUAUUUCCGAUUCCGUUGCUGCUGAGACGAGAGCAAGAGCAUUCCUUUACCUAGCAAGCGCGCCAUUAGUUAUAGAAAUGGUAGCCCCAGUGUUGGGAUCAGUGUUGAUGGAGAGAUGAUCCGUGUAUGUACCGUUGAUUGUGGGGUUUCCUUUCGAACUAUCUUCGCUUGUUAUGCUUAGGAUUAUUCCGAUUACAGUAAAGCAGGGUAAGCAGACAUCGGAAGAACGCCCACUGCUUGAUGACCCCAACUCCACUGAAGGUGACACCGAGAACGAUAACCACGAUGAAUCAGAAGGUGCCAAUCGCAAACUCAAAAUCAUAAUCUUGAGAAUUUUUGGCCCUCUAAUUAUCACAUUGACAUUAGUUUGCCGAAGCCGCAACCUCCUACUGGUUAACCUCUCAUUCCUCGUAACGACACUAGGUCGUGAAACUUUAGAUUUCCUUGUUCAGUAUUGCUUGAAGAGAUUUGGCUGGAAGCUUGCUAAGGCAAGUGUCAAUCUACAUAUAUCCCAUCCCCAUUGUUGAAUACUCGCUAACGACAUAUGACAAAACUAGGCAAACUAUCUCAUCUCGUUUCGAGCAUUUGUCAACCUCGGCCUUUUUCUGGUCAUUCUACCCAUCAUUAGCAGAUUCUUCCGAAAAUCGAGGGGCAUGUCGCCAUCCAAAUCUGAUCUAUGGAUUGCUCGCGUGAGUUCUAUCUUUGGAAUCAUAGGGCCUGUUAUGAUAGGACUUUCACCAUGUGCCGAGCUAUUGAUUGUUGGUAAGACACCUAUAAAACUGCUUUCUAGGACAAAAAUGGGAGUGUUACGCUAACAAUUUGAACCAGCUCUUUCGCUAUUUACUUUGUCGUUCGGCUUCCACGCCGCGUUUCAGUCCUACGCAACUUCUUUGGUAAAACCCGAGGAAGUGGCGUUACUAUAUUCAGCAUUAGCGUGUAUGAGCAUCAUCGGAGCAUUGAUUGCAUCACCUCUCAUUGCAGCUACUUUCCGUCUUGGGUUGAGCAUUGGAGGGUUAGGAAUUGGCUUGCCGUUCUUCGUGGCAGCGGGUUUCUUUACGGUUAGUGCCAUUGGUGCUUGGGGAUCUCGGGUGGAAGAAGAUGCAAACGAUUGA